GAUCUUUAGAAUGACGAUAGGUAAUUUGUUACAUUCCCUCUGCAUUUAUGAAUAAGGUAUAACGUUUAAGUGUUAAUAAAUAAUCUUAGUGUGGAUUUAAUUUGCAACAAUAUAUAAAAAAUUACGAGACGACCACGGACCUCAGACGUAACUAGCCUUAUUUAAAAUAGAUAUUUGGCUUCAGUACAGGGCACAUUUUUAAUAAACAAGAUGUUCAUUGUUGGUCUUACUGGUGGACUUGCGACGGGCAAAAGUACAGUAUUAUCAAUAUUUCGGGAGAAUGGAAUAGCUGUUAUCGACGCCGACGAAGUAGCAAGGAAAGUGCUGGAACCGGGGACCAAAGCUUGGAAGGAGUUGAGGCAAUAUUUUGGAGAAGAAGUAUUACUUCCAGACGGUAAAGUCAACAGGUUGAGGCUAGGUGAAAUUGUGUUCGAUGAUAUUGAGAAAAGGCGCAAACUGAACUCCAUCACGCAUCCAAGGAUACAAAGCGCGAUGAUGAGGAUGGCGAUCACAUACUUCUUUACUGGUCACAGCUACAUAGUCAUGGAAGUGCCAUUGUUGUUCGAAACGGGAAAGAUGUUGAACUUUAUGCACAAAAUCAUCACGGUUGUUUGUGAAGACCACCAACAGCUAGAAAGAUUGUGCAAAAGAAGUGAUUUGUCUGAGAAAACGGCUAAGAAGCGAAUCAACUGUCAAAUGCCUCUUGAAGAUAAAGUGGCGAAGUCCCAUUUUGUGAUAGACAACUCGGGCAGUAUGGCGACCACGCGACACCAAACGGAAGGCAUCAUUAGAUUACUCAGAAGAUCCAAAUUUACAUGGUAUUUUCGAGCCAUAAUCGGGAUAGCAUUGUUAUCAAUAUUUUUCGGCGUGGGUCACGUAGUCAGUAAUAUUAUAAAUCAGAAAUAGAACUAGUUAAUAUAAGUAUAACUAGAUAACUGCGCGUGGAUUUGUGCUCAAGCAAAUAUUUUGUUACAUGAGUUACUAGCCAUAGUAGACGUGUGUUGUUUUUAUUUAUUGAAGUGUACGUUAUUGUUGUAGUCAGAUGAGUGCUUUUAUAUUAAUCAUACAAUCACCAGUGUUUGUUACCUAUGUUAAAACUUUUGUACAUUUGUUCAUUGUUUAAAUAUAGAUUUCGUUACACCUGAAUAUAUGGUAGCAUGACCAACGUAAAUAAAUAUAUUCUAAGUCUACGCCUAGCUCUAUGGCAGCUUUAGAGUGCUUUAAUGUCUUAUCCAAAAUAUACAAAAGAUGUGUCACGACGGAAAAAUGAAUUAAACUGUUCGUCCUGAGAUCUCUGUCUAAAAUAGUCAAGAAGUGCAAUUAUCAAACAAUUUUUAGUAAGUUCUGCCUCGUUAACACGUAUUAUCACCGUUCUUCCUUGUCACAUAGCAUAUAUUCAGGUUCAUAUACACUCUAGUUAAAGAUAGGUAAGUAGAUACUUGCCAAAGCAAUUAUUUAGGAUAAGUAAUGAACAUUAAUCUUUUAUGUAUUGAAGCAUACACUGUGUGUAGCGAACCUAUAGUUAUAUUUAUCGAGUAGGUGAAGGGAUCGCUAUAAAUAAUAGUAGAUAUUACAACGACUGACAAUAUAGCGUUAGCACAUACAUAAAUAUAGUAGUACCAUAUAGCCUUAAUAUUCAAUUGCGAAGAAAACGCAACUUAAUAACUGAAACAUGAGUGGUGUCGUAUACGGUUAUAAAUCGCUGGGUCUAUGCAAGGUUUGGUGCGAUUUUGUCGUAUCUGCAAUCGAAUCGGGGACACAAUAGCAGUGAUGUACAAGACAAACGUGUAUGCUCUAAACCCGUUUAGCGCGGUGAACCUUCCUGUUUACCUUCUUUUCACGUACAUAUUUUGUAUUUGUGUGCGAAAGCGUCAGCUUCCAACCCCAAUUCCGCUAUUUAAAAUCCGAUCAGUUGUACUUGACAUUUUAAUGACUCGAAUUAAAAAUCAUACUAUAAACAGAUAUUGAUUCUGAUAGGACUAAGCCUACAGAUCAUAUUGCAGACAGCACUCCGUUAUAUGUUAUGCGUGUAUGUAGUACUACUAUACUGUGUCGUGCUAUUCGUAUGCGGGUAAUGUUAAGCAAUACAAUCAUAUAUUUAAAUUUAAUAAACAUAAGCUUUACAAAUAUUAUGACGAACGCUUUUAACGACAGUUCAAAUAUCAUUGCAAACUAGCUUCAACAGCUAAUUAUUGCUUUGUGACAUAAACAAUUAUUAGUGAAAUGAAACACCAAUAGAUUAAUAAUAUAAAAUUGUACCUUAGAGUUAUGAACUAGUGAUAAUAGUUCUUUUGAAUUGUUAAAAAUAAUACAUUUUAUAGCAAUAUCAAGUAUAACGCACAUAAUGUUUUACAAGAGUUAUUGUUAUUCAUAUACAUAUGGGAGAUUGUUUUAGGUGCUUUUGCAGUGAUAUUGAUACACAAACGUAAUUUUGAAUUAACCCACCUCUAUAGACACCUGUGCUAUGUUUCACUGAUUAGAAUAAUGUAAACCAACAGCGUGUAGCUGAAAUGGCCAAUCAUGUAUUUAUUUUUCUAUUUAAUAUAAUAAAGAAUUUCUCCCGGACACAAACAUUGCCUGUUUCAUAAAAAUGCCAUCUCUUACUUUUACUAGAUUAUGGCUAAGGUAAGCUUCUUAUUAAAUAUGAUCGGGCUUUUAAGUUACACGUUGUAUAUAUGGCAUACUUAAAUAUAUUCUAAAGAUAACGCGCAAUUAAUGACUUCGAAUUAAUGCGCCUGGUGCGAAUAUUUUCUUAUUACUAUCUACAUAGAUUCUUGGCUUCUUAAAACAGAUUCAUAAGGUGCCUACUGAAAAUAAUAUACACCCCCUUACAAUAAUACUGGGCCGGGGGCUCUCUGAAAUUUUCAAAGAAGUUUUUCGUAAAACCCACGAUACGAGACAUUCCCAGCCAUGAGCCCCUUUUUUGCAAAGGGGUGUAUAGUAAACAUAUUUAGCUACCCGUUACCUCUUACCAUAAAACAAAUACACAAAAAACAAUUAUAUUGUAAUAUAGAUAUUUAUUAUUUUUUACCGUAACUGGACAAUAAAAUUACAUAGACAUUCAGUAUGAAACACGACAGAUUUUACAGUUUGUUAUUUAUUUUAUGUAUGUUAGCAGUCAAGUUAUUAAACGGUAAUUUUGGUCUCAUC